CAGCGAGCACCCGCCUCCGGGAACGAGCCGGUCCCGGGAGGAGUCUAGUCACGGCUCACGGGUUGGUCCGUGCGGACACAGCUCGCAGUGAGGCACUGCCAAUAGGCUGUGUGUGCCGGACCACGCCCGCGCGAACUCUCUUCUCGCGAGGCCAGCUAGGCCUGAAUAUCGUUAGCUGUGUAGAAAGAUGGCGGAAAAUUUAAAAGGCUGCAGCAUAUGUUGCAAAUCCUCUUUGCAUCAGCUACAGGAUCUGUGCCGCCUGGCCAAGCUCUCCUGCCCUGCUCUCGGUGUGUCUAAGAAGAAUUUGUAUGACUUUGAAGUGGAGUACCUGUGUGAUUACAAGAAGAUCCGUGAUCAAGAGUAUUAUCUGGUAAAGUGGCGCGGGUACCCUGACUCGGAGAACACCUGGGAGCCACGGCAGAAUCUCAAGUGUGUGCGCCUUCUCAAGCAGUUCCAUAAAGAUUUAGAAAGGGAGCUGCUCCGGCGGCACCACCGAUCCAGGCCACCCCGGCACCUGGACCCAAACUUGUCCAACUACCUGGUGCAGAAGGCUAAGCAGAGGCGGGCUCUUCAGCGCUGGGAACAGGAACUCAAUGCCAAGCGCAACCACAUUGGACGCAUCACUGUGGAGAAUGAGGUGGACUUAGAUGGCCCACCUCGGGCCUUUGUGUAUAUAAAUGAGUACCGUGUUGGUGAGGGCAUCACCCUCAACCAGGUAGCUGUGGGCUGUGAGUGCCAGGACUGUCUGUGGGCACCCUCAGGAGGCUGCUGUCCGGGGGCAUCCCUGCACAAGUUUGCUUACAAUGACCAGGGCCAGGUGCGCCUACGAGCUGGACAGCCUAUCUACGAGUGCAACUCCCGCUGUCGCUGUGGCUAUGACUGCCCCAACCGUGUAGUCCAGAAGGGUAUCCGCUAUAACCUCUGCAUCUUCCGCACGGAUGAUGGGCGUGGCUGGGGUGUCCGCACCUUGGAGAAGAUCCGCAAGAACAGCUUUGUCAUGGAGUAUGUUGGAGAGAUCAUUACCUCAGAGGAGGCAGAGCGGCGGGGCCAGAUCUACGACCGCCAGGGUGCUACCUACCUCUUUGACCUGGACUACGUGGAGGAUGUGUAUACUGUGGAUGCUGCCUACUAUGGCAAUAUCUCCCACUUUGUCAACCAUAGUUGUGACCCCAACCUGCAAGUGUACAACGUAUUCAUAGAUAACCUUGAUGAGCGGCUGCCCCGCAUCGCUUUCUUUGCCACAAGGACCAUCUGGGCAGGCGAGGAGCUCACCUUUGAUUACAACAUGCAAGUGGAUCCCGUGGACAUAGAAAGUACCCACAUGGACUCCAACUUUGGCCUGGCUGGGCUCCCUGGAUCCCCCAAGAAGCGGGUCCGUAUUGAAUGCAAGUGCGGGACUCAAUCCUGCCGAAAAUAUCUCUUCUAGUCCUGAGAAAUCUUCAUCAAACUGACUGAGAGGCCUGAACCUACCCAUCUCUCUCCUACUGCUGUCCUCUUGUGGGGAUGACCACCAAUGCCUCUCCUGCUGCCAUCUGCCCUUGCUUGCUUCUACCUGCCCCAGGGUCAGGGGUGUGGUGAGGAUCAACUCCGGGUCCCCUUUCCCUUUCCCAGUUGUGGGUUGCACUUAGAAACCUCCCACUCGCCACUUUUGGAAGUACAUUUUUUUUUAUGUCAAGUUUUGUCUGUAUUUGAGAUUUCGGGCCUUUCAUGGAGGUCCAAGGGCUGAGCUCCAGCCAAGCCCCAGAAUAGGGGUGAUUUUAGUUGGUUGGUUUGUUGGGUUUUUUUUUUUCACUGCUUUGUUUUGAGACAGAGUCUUUAUGUAAUAGAGGCUGGCCUGGAACUUGCUAUGAAGCCCAGGCUACCCUUGAAUUCAUGCCCCUUCUUGUCUCCCAAUGCCCAAGUGCUGGGAUUAACAGGUGUGUGGUACCACACCCAAAGAAGAUAUUUUGUUGUUGCACCUGCUUUUUUUUUUUUUUUUUGCCUGGAGCCUGAGGGCUCUGUUGUGGGUCUCUUUCCUGCCCCAUUAGUAUGAGGCAACCCCAAGGCAGGUGGACAUAGCUACUGUCCUGAAAGGAAAGGAGAUCUCCCAGGGCUCUGACUGUAUUUGGUUUCUGCUUAUUAUACUUACGAUGUUAGCCUUAAGAGUUGUAGGUUCUCUUGUCUGGGCUGUAGAUCUGGAAAGCCCACAUGCUUUCCAGGGAGAUAAGAUACCUAUGGCCCAGACUCUGCCAGCCCUGAAACAGGGAGCUAAAAAUCAAGCUCUAUCUUUGUCAAGAAGUAUCUCACACUCUUAGGAACUCCUGAGAGUUCUGGAAACCCCAGCCCUGGGGUAUGAUGACUUCUGGGACUACUUGAGGCUGGAGUCAAGACCUAGAUAGUCUGUAGAUAGCACUUAGAACAAUAAUGUGCAUUGAUUAGAAGCUGAUGAUGUGCCAGGGACUGGAUAGAGUACCUGGUCCAUGUGGACUGUCUCAGGGAAGCCUUGAAAACCACAGAGAUGGAGCCCAGUGAAGGGCUCACAUGGCAGAAGGCAAAGUACAGGCCAAGAGUUGCAGGGAAGAACUUCACUCAGAUGUGCUGGGCUGAGAAGGGAGUCCCUGCUGCCUGCCAGCCCUCUAACCUGUUGAGCUCACCCUGGGUCCACUGGUCUGAAAAAGUUAAUUACCUAGACAUGUACAAAAAGGCAAAGGUUCUGAUGGCUGCCUCGUCUCCUGCUCCCUCCUCCUGUGACAUGUUCUCUAGGAAGCCUUUCCUGACUACCUGUGCCCACCAGAGUGUCCCCAUGUGUGACUGUGCCCUGCUACCAGAUGCCAGAUCUGUUGUGUCUAUGUGGGUGUUUCCUGCCCUUUUCCCUCCAGGCUUACUUUCAGGCUUGGACUGAAUCUGGUUCUCUUGUGUACCCCUUCAGCCCUACCCAGUCUGGAACGGACAUCAAUAAAUC